AUGGCCGCCAACAGGUCUCUACACGAACCGAGUGGUGGUUACCUCCAGAAGCGACACUCCGGGCAGCACUUGAGUCCGACCAACAUUCCCGGCACUCGGGUCUACCCAUACCCGGGCACUACCCAAGAGCCCGUCGUCCGCAACUCCUAUCACCACUCGAUCCCACACCACAUGAACCCCUUGUAUGGCGCCAUCGGCUCCAAUAGCGGUCACUCGGGCGCGGGUGUGGGCGGAGGUGUGGGCCCACAGCAGGCCUACCGGGACGGCAACUACACGGUGGACAACAGACACGAGUUCUCGCCGAUGGAUAGGUAUAGGAAUCGCAACGAAUCGCUCGAAAUGCAUCACUCGGGCGGCGGCGGGGGUGUGGGUGGCGCUCACUCGCACGCGCCGCCUACAAGUGUCAGUGCCAGCGGUCACAGUCAAGCGCCUCCCCUAUCGCAGCAGCGGAGGCGCCCCUCACUACUGCCGCCAUCGCACGUACCAAACGAGUACAGUAUGCUGGGCGCCGCCAACUCUGCCCUAACCUCGUCCUAUCUGUCCAGAGAGAGCAGAGAGAGGUAUGACUUAGCCUCAGCCUAUCGUUACCCACAAUAUGAUAGUCAGACAAAGGGUGCGGGCCUUCAGUCGGCGACCAUGUCUAUGACAUCGGCGCCGCCCCCAGUGAACCAACACACGGGUCCGCCGCCCAUGCAUUUGGUGCCCGGCCUGCACCUGCCUCUGGGCUACGGCUCCCAUCAGACGCAGCAGGCGAUGGUCGCGUCGCCGCAUUUGUCGCAAUCGCAUCUAAUCCAAGACAUGCCCGAAAUGGCGAUGAAUAUCAACAAAAGGCCGCGACUCGGCUUCGGCAACGAGCGGUCGUCACUCCAUCAACCGCUGCUCAUCGACACCAGAGAUGUCAUCGAAGUCAAGAAAGAACCGGCGUAUACGCCACAAGUGGAGGCCAUAUCGCCAACGCUACCCAACGAUGACAACCGGCAGGACAUGUCUCCGUUAAAGUCGACGAAAGAUGAGUUGUUGCAGAAUAUAAACAAAAUCGAUAGAGAGAUACUGCAAACGGAAUCACAACUCACGAAAUUACGCAAAAAACAGCAAGAGCUAGAAUUGGUCACAAAUAAGCCGAGCGCUGAUAACCAAGAGCUUCAGGAGAGUUCGGGACUCGACUCACAGCUGAGUGUCGCACAAGUGAUAUAUUCAGACAAUAAAGCCAAAACACUCAAAACACACACACAAUUUGAUAAACUGGGUCCUAUUAUAGAAUUGCCCCUGUACAACCAGCCCUCCGAUAGUCCCGUAUAUCACGAGAAUAAACGCAAAUUUAUUAGUUUUAAGAAGAAAUUGAUUAUAUUUUUUAAGAAGAGAUAUCAAGAGAAGCAGUUGAGAGAGCGUUACUUAACCGAUACGUACGACAAACUGAUGCUCUCGUGGCUCAAGAAGUUGGAGAAGAAGGAGACGAAUCCGCCGAAGAAGCAAAAAGACGUCAAACUUCGCGAGUAUUUUGAGAAACAAUUUCCCGAACUCCGAAAGCAACGCGAAGACAAAGAGCGGUUCUCGCGGGUCGGCCAACGGAUCCGCAGCGACGCCGAACUCGAAGAGAUUAUGGACGGCCUUCAGGAGCAAGAGUUGGAGGACAAGAAGAUGAGGAGCUAUGCCGUGAUUCCGCCCAUUCUAUUGGACUCGAGAUAUAGGAGACAUUAUUUUAUUAAUAAAAACGGUAUUAUAGAGGACACGAUGUCUGAGCAUAAAGAGCGACAAAUGCUGAACAUAUGGACCGAUCAGGAGAAGGAAAUCUUCCGCGAGAAAUAUCUAAUCCAUCCGAAGAACUUUGCAUUCAUUGCCAGCUUUUUGGACCGAAAGAACGUCAGGGAAUGCGUUCAAUACUACUAUCUCUCGAAAAAGGGAGAGAAUUACAAACAAUUGCUCCGAAAACAGGUGAAGAAGCGGACGCGAGCUCUCGUCAAAGCCCAACAACAGCAGGCGAUCGCAGCGCAGGCCCAGCCGGCGCCCACACCCACACCGCCCCGACCGGCGGCGCCCAGCGUUCGACAGACAGCUCCCGAAGAGAUUACAAAAGUGUCGACAGCCGUCGUCACGACGACCACCACUACCAUUACCACUACCACUUCGGUCGCGCCAGUGGUCAACACCAUUACGAGUACUACAAAUACUACCAGUGCUUCUAAUGUGCCCAAAGUGUGUGAUUCAGUGGACAACACCGUUAACGCUGCGGCGCCUGACGUGAAAGCGGAGGCCGUGCUUAACGACAGCCCUAUAAAGUGUGAUAAUGUGAUAAUUAGUAGUGAGGCCCACAAUGACGAGAACGCCACCUGUGAUACCCCGUGUUGUCUGUGUAACGCGAAAGUAGACAAUCCCGCGAAGUGCCGGCCCGUCACGCCAUCCAAUCUAAACCUGUAUAACAUAAGCGAGAGUGCAUUCAAGCCGGGGAUGAGAGUGUGUCUGAUGUGUCACUUCGCGAGCGUUCGCCGCAAUUGUCCGCUUCCCUCGUGUAAGACUCCGCGCAGAAAAGUGAAACGUCUGAAGGCUUUCCCUCAGCAGUGGUUUGAGUUGAGCGCCGAAAGUCGACAAAUGUUUGCCAAUGAGCUCAACGUUCCCGACGACGUGCGGGCCGCGUGUCCGCGAUGUGUGAUGAGAGUGAGCCGACGGAUAGGUUUGAUCGCGCCGUCCGAUCGGACGGAUAUCAAUCAAAACAGUGAGUCUCGUGUCUGUUGGACAGAGAGUGAGAUCGAGGCGUUGAAGCAGUCUAUUCGCGAAGUGGGAAGGAAUUGGGCGGCAAUCGCGAAUCAGAUUCGCACGAAGAAUGACAGAGAAUGUCAUGAUUUCUACUCGAAAAAUAAAUAUUCACUAAAUUUAGACAAAACUUUUAAAGAAUUUUUAGCCAAUUCGGGAAAACCUAUAAAAAAUGGCGAAUCAGACUCCGAUGACUACUGGAAUGAUGUGAGCGAUGGCGACAGCGAAGAGACGUCCAGCGCCGAGGAGUCGAGAGAGCGGUGCAACAGCGACACCGCCAGUGCCUCGAGUCCUAUAAGUAAGAUACCGGACGACAUGGACGCCAAACUACUGAACGAUAAGACCGAUAACACCGUCUCCACGACUAACCAUAACUAUCGCGAAGACUUCACCAAACUUCAGGACUAUAAGGGGUUGAGUGCAUCGCAAACGAGUCUUAAGAGUGAUUACGACAGCAGUGCCACAAUGAGUGCCGACGAGGGACAGGGCAACGGAGACAACGAUCGCCUGUCGUCCUCGCCGGCGGUGAUCCUCCCGCCGAGAGCUAACUCAGCGAUGCCGGCGUUCCCGCCGUCCAACAUAUACUUCCAGCAGCCCAUCGACAAACACGUCCGGCCCGCCAGUCACGACGGCGCCGCCUUCGCUGUCGAGGCCAUUAUUGGCAAACCCUCGCACUCGCCGUCCGUAUUGCGAGCGUCGGAUACGAGCGCUAUAAAUAGCCGCCAAAAAGUGCCCCCUUUUCUCAUCAAUCCAAACGCACCGUCGACUCAGCCGUCAAUGAACUCAUCGCUCGCGCAGAGCGUCAAUAAGGAAGAGCCCACUUGUGUCCGGGACCUCAUCUAUCAGGCCAUCGAAAUGAGUCUUCAGUCACCCAUGAAGACGAUGCGCACCAAUGCGGUGACCAUUGAGGCCAACAAACUGGAUGCCAACGAAGGCAUCGCGUCCUCUGGCUAUCCGUUGCCUAUCGUUAAGCGCGAGAAUAUGAUGGAUAUGUCGAAGUCGGACAUCAAUAGAGACAGUCCGUCGCGUAUUGUCUACAAGAACGCCGACAUUCAGAGGCCCGAAGGCUUAGCGAUGAUGGCCUCAUACUCGCAACACUUGAGUCCAUCGCCCGGUCACGGACAGCACCCGUACGUAAUGGUCGAACCGGACGAAUACGAAGUGCAAGACCUGAGCAGCAAAAAGGAGCGCCGAAUAGAUAACUAUAGUCCACGUAAUUAUAGUCCGUCUAUAAAGGAUAAAAUGCUUUCCCAUCGCAACGAAUACCCGUACGGUUUGAUACCGACCGCACAUUCCAAUCCCAACCGCGGCUCCACUCCCGUCGGCGAACCCAUUGUUGACAAUAAAGACAAUUACACUCUAAUGAAACACUUGGACGGCUCCUCCGGACGUAUUCUCAACUCUGGCUACCCGUCCAACGAGAGGCUACACUCGCAAGAAGUGAAACACUCGCGCUCUUCGCCACUGAGUCGUCCGAUGAACAAAAUGCCGGUCACUAAAGGCAGUCCCGUCCCGCCGCCGCCCCCUCUCAUCGCGUCCGGGAAACCCAAUCAAUCGUAUUCGCAGUUAUCGCCGAAACUGUAUCGAGAAAAGAUGGUUCCCGUGUCGGCCUCCAGUGGCGGCUCCAUAACGCAGGGGACGCCUGCCAUACAACCAAAUAAUUUCAAUUUCGGACCAAAUCGUGGCUACGAAGGACUGCUGCGACAAAUCCCGUCCGGCGUUCACAAAGAGGGCGGUUCCAUAACGCUGGGGACGCCGCUGAUGGGUGGGGCCACUAACAUGCCUAUCGAUCACCGACGGAAAGCCGAGUUAAUGGCGUCCGACGCCCAGAACAGGGCGCAGGUGUUGGCCAGCAGUCGGGCGCUGUACGAGACCUCCAACGCCGAGCAAUACUAUCGCCGGUCGUCGCCGCCCGUCAGCCACUCCUACUCACCGGCAUACCAACCCUCCGAGUAUAAGAUGAAUAAACCCGUCUAUCAUAAGGACUCGCAGCUCAGCACCAAUCAGAUUAUGAUUGACUUCAACACAUCCAAACAGAUGCUGACCAGACGUGGAAGCAAUUCGAGCGACAACGACAUCCACAGCGCGGCUCCCAUUCACGGCCAACAGCUGGAGUCGCGAUCCACUAUUAACGACCAUAAGAAUCCGUCGCAAAGCCGACAAACAAACUCUUAUCCGAAUUACAGUCAAAACUCAGCCAACUCUCCCUCUCCCGUAUACUCCGAUCGAGUGCCUCAACGCGAAAGUCAGCCCCAAAUGUUGAGCUCAUCCGACCCUCAUAUGAGUCAUUGGUCGGCCAGACAUUCAUCGAUGGGCGCCCAGAGUCCUAAUUAUAAUCGUCAGAAUGUGAUACAACAGCACUGGAACGCCGCCAACACUAAGCAAUCGGUGAUACAAACGCCUAAAUCUACUUCACCACGAGAUUACCGAACCGAAGUGAUCAGUCCCGUCGCUCAUCCAGUCAUGAGAGGGUCGGUCUCGCCUCAGGUGCCCAUCACGUCGACGGCGGUCCACAUGUACAACCCGGCGCACGACGCCUUCACAACUCUGGUCAAUACGGCCGCCGCUCAGCAGAGUCUCGCCGUUCCCACCGAUCGCAGGUCUGGUUCGGGUUCCGGGUCGCGGACCGAUCUACUCAUCCGAUCGAGUAUUAAGCCGAGCGCUGAAGGGCUCGAGAAGUCGCUGAUGGAAGGCUUCCACGGAAGGCCUCCGAGAAGUUACACCGAAAACGAUUUGAACAAAUCGGACGACAAACUGAGGCAACAACACGCGCACGACAACGACCACAAGGCCUACCAUCCAUCCAAUCGGCCCACCGAUGACUACAUGUAUUUAGAGCAACGACGACAGUUUGAACAGUUGGCUGAUAUGGAACGACACGGAUAUAACCGCGGUCAUAAUGACCACACGGGCGGCGGACACGCCUUAUCACAGCCGCGACAACUGUUCACUAAAGAGCAGUUCGAGCGCGAACUCAGACAACCGACGGAACCGAACCGGCAUUUGCCGGAACCCGGCUUUCGGAUGAAGUCCGAGGACAUGGAACUACCGCCUGAGGCGCGACACCCCUUAUCGGUGAUGAGACCACAACAACAACACAAUGAAUUGGAUAACGAGGCGUCGAAACUGUUUUCGCAAUCCUUUCAAAAAGACAAUCAAAAGCCGAACUCAUCGCGCGGGCAGUUCACGGCCGCCAACUUAAUCGACGCCAUUAUCACCCAUCAGAUCAACUCAUCCACGGAGUCACCGAACGGUAAAAACAACGGAAACGCUGUGAACAACAACACGCCUGUGAGCGAAGCGCCGCCAACUAGUGGUAGUGGUGUCGUCGACUCGUUGUUUGCGAGGUAUAGGAGUGCAGGCAAUGCCGACAAACACCUCUCCGCUCAAUAUCCGAAUCGCGAGGAAGUGGUGACUAUAGCCGACAGUCCGGACCCCGAAAGACCCGAGAAGUCGUAUCAUAUAAACGAGAAGUUAGUGCCCGGAGUCCACGUGACCGCUGCGUCUGACUACUCCUCGAAAGGCAUUACAUUAGGCGAACACAUCGACACAAUUAUCUCCAAGAACUAUACGAACGACGGCCGAACUCUUCCCAAUCCUAUGCUUCACAUCGACCCCAGAAGUAGUCCCACAGUGUAUGGAAUGCCUUCAAUCAACAUCGAGGGACCCCGGAGUUCAAUACUGCCAAUAGUGUCCACAUCAUCGCCAGUGCUCGAGGGAAUCGCCGCGACAGCCGUGUCUAACGCGUCGUCCGACUCGAGCGGUGCUGUCAAUCACUCGCCGCCGCAUUCGAGUUGGAAAUUGAGGAAAGCCUUACAACAGGACAAAGACGCCAAAGAGUCGGACGAACGACAGAUCAUACGUAUCGUGCAAAACGUGUCGCCCAAACAACGGAAACGCUGUGAACAACAACACGCCUGCAAUGCCGACAAACACCUCUCCGCCCAAUAUCCGAAUCGCGAGGAAGUGGUGACUAUAGCCGACAGUCCGGACCCCGAAAGACCUGAGAAGUCGUAUCAUAUAAACGAGAAGUUAGUGCCCGGAGUCCACGUGACCGCUGCGUCCGACUACUCCUCGAAAGGCAUUACAUUAGGCGAACACAUCGACACAAUUAUCUCCAAGAACUAUACGAAUGACGGCCGAACUCUUCCCAAUCCUAUGCUUCACAUCGACCCCAGAAGUAGUCCCACAGUUUAUGGAAUGCCUUCAAUCAACAUCGAGGGACCCCGGAGUUCAAUACUGCCAAUAGUGUCCACAUCAUCGCCAGUGCUCGAGGGAAUCGCUGCGACAGCCGUGUCUAACGCGUCGUCCGACUCAAGCGGUGCUGUCAAUCACUCGCCGCCGCAUUCGAGUUGGAAAUUGAGGAAAGCCUUACAACAGGACAAAGACGCCAAAGAGUCGGACGAACGACAGAUCAUACGUAUCGUGCAAAACGUGUCGCCCAAAGAGAAAUCGGUGUAUCCGUCGCACUCACCCAUCAAAUCAAUCUCUCCAGCGCUGAGUCACUACAACGUGGAGCCCAUCUCCCCGCCCACCCACUCCUCCACGGAUAGCAGUCCACAGUUGCCCACGACGUUCAGUCCGAUGCAGACCACGUGGACGCCCACCACUGGCAUCCAAACGAAUGCGUUCACGAGUCGUCACUUCUAUAGCGCCGACAGCUCUAACGCAUCCCAUUCGACGAAUCUCUCGAAAUCGGUGCACCCAAUGGUGUCCGCAACCAAUCAAAUCACAUCAAACGCCGGUCGACCGAAUCAGUCGCCGAUCGGUUUGUCGCCAUUGGAUUACGUGAAGAAUAGGAUCGUCGAAGUGAUGCGAACUACCGGUGAAGAGCCCGGCGAUGACACCAAUAAGAGAGUGAAUGAGUUUCCGCCGCAAACGGACCGCAAGUCCAAAGACGAGACUGACUUUAAAUUGUCUAACGAUUCCAAUAGUGCUGAUAGAGUGGUGUCAAUAGACUCGACGAACAAUACUACAAACGAAAGUGUCCGUCAAAGCCGUGAAAAAUCUAAAUCUCCGGCAAUGGCCGACAAUUCAAUACCGGUUCCAAUCGCUCAGUCAGUGCCAGAGCCGCCCACGUCUUCGUCGUCGAGCGCCCAGAAUGUUGUCGUCAAUGACAGCGAAGUAUCCGAUGAAACGCCGGCAAAGCGUAUGAAAUUAAGUGCCGAACACGAGUCGACUGAAUGCGAUAAAGUCGAGACCACGUCCUCCUCCUCGAGGGUCGAGAAUAUGAUUACAUCCGAAAGCAACGAGUGCUCCGACGACAGGGAACCGACCGUUGACUCCGAGACGACAAUCAGUCAGAGUUCGACACAAGAAGUGAUUAAACCAACGGAGAGCGAGACUACUGACAGUGCGUCCAAAGUGUCGACAGAAAGUGUGGACAUAAAGUCGUCCACAAGUGAACAGCUGUCCAACUGUGAGGUCAGUUCCGCGCGAAGCGACGAUAUGUGCGGUAAACCCGAUCCGAAGCACAUAUACCCCGACAGUCCUAACUCUCCGGGAGAAAUGGUUAUCGACGAGUCGGACGACCACAACCUGUGCUCCUCAUCGCCGGCCAACGACAAGACCGACGGCGAGAGUCCGCCCACUUCUAGCACCCAAUCGGCGCAACAGAGUCUCAUAUCGACGACAGACGCGAAGAGCGAUUCGUCGACCUCUGCGCUCAACGCGUCGUCCAUCUGCUCGACGAGCGCCUCAAACGACGCCCAGAAUCAGAACGAGUCGGUCUCGUCGUCGGUCAUCGAGGCUAAAAGCGCUUCCGUGGAAGCGAGCACUCCUUCCGGCGCUGAUAGCGAGUCGUCGUUAUCAGUGAAGCCCAAAUCGGCGGCGCCUCCAGCGGUGUCCACGCAUUCAGAGACAUACAACGCCGUCAACGCAGCCAAUAGUGUGACGAGUUCUGCGCUCUCGAGCGUCGAAUCCAACUCCAGUUCCGGCGACUCGAGCAACAAAGGGUCGGCCAACACAUCGGGAGUCUCGUCUUCAAUCGGCGCGAGUGUGGAAGCGCUGACCCAAAGCGGCGGCCUUUCGAGUACAAGCAUCCAGUCGUCGGCCAUCAGUGCCAGUGGGACGCCGUCGAGCACUACGACCAGCGUAUCGGCGCCACAAUACGAGCCCCUUUCGGACGAUGAAUAA